UUUGAGUCGCGUGGUGGUUGUGACUGUGAGGUGCUUUUGAGUCGCUGUUGGAACGCCGUGGCCGCCCGUCUCGGCACACAGAACGUGGGCGAGCUACGAAGAUGCUGGUCUCCAAGGAGGUUCCCUGGCGGCGCCUUCGGGGCAUUUCGUUCGGGAUGUACUCGGCCGAGGAGCUCCGGAAACUGAGCGUCAAAUCCAUCACAAACCCUCGCUAUGUGGACAAUGUAGGGAACCCCUCAGUGAACGGGCUGUAUGAUUUAUCCCUCGGACCAGCCGACUCCAAAGAAGCAUGUUCUACCUGUGUGCAGGACUUUGGCAACUGCCCUGGGCACCUGGGCCAUAUCGAGCUCCCUCUGCUCGUCUACAACCCUCUGUUCUUUGAUAAACUCUACCUGCUGAUCCGGGGCUCUUGUCUAAACUGCCACCUGCUGACUUGUCCCCGGCCUGUGGUUCACCUCCUCUACUGCCAGCUGCGGGUCCUUGAGGUUGGGGCACUUCAGGGAGUCUAUGAACUUGAGAGUACCUUGAACAGGUUUCUAGAAGAAAACACUAAUCCUUCCAUCCAUGAGAUUCAGGAAGAACUAGAACAACACACGCGGGCAAUCUUGGAAAAUAAUCUGCUGGGGGCCCAGGGCUCACAGGUGAAGAACGUUUGUGAGAGUAAGAGCAAGCUAAUCGCCGACUUCUGGAGGAUGCACAUGACUUCUAAGAGAUGCCCCCACUGCAAAACUGGGAAGUCGGUGGUUCGGAAAGAGCACAACAGCAAACUGACUGUCACUUACCCUGCUGUGGUUCACUACAAGGCCAGCACAGAAGAGGACAAGGCCAAGAAGACAGCAGAAAUCGACGAAGCCCAUUUGGGGAAAAGGGGCUACUUGACCCCCAGCACUGCCCGAGAACAUGUCUUGGCCCUUUGGGAGAAUGAAGGUUUCUUUCUGAACUACCUUUUCUUGGGAUUAGAGGAUACUGGCACGGAGUCCAAAUUCAGUCCACAUGUCUUCUUUUUGGAUCUUGUGGUGGUGCCACCUUCCAGGUAUCGCCCAGUCAACCGCCUCGGGGACCAGAUGUAUACCAACGGCCAGACGGUGAACUUGCAGGCUGUUUUGAAGGACGUGGUCCUGAUCCGAAAGCUUCUGGCUCUGAUGGCCCAAGAACAGGCCCUGCCGAGUGAGGGGUUGGGAACAACAGAGAAGGAGAUCCAGAACAGCUCCCCAGAGGAAGCAGAGUCUUCUGUUCCAAUGGACCGUUCCUUUCUUGCCAUGAUUCCAGGCCAGUCUCUCACAGAGAAACUUUAUGGCAUUUGGAUCCGCCUUCAGAGCCAUGUCAAUAUUGUGUUUGACAGCGAUAUGGACAAGUUAAUGAUGGAGAAGUACCCUGGCAUCCGGCAGAUCCUGGAGAAGAAGGAGGGCUUGUUUCGGAAGCACAUGAUGGGGAAGCGUGUUGACUAUGCCGCUCGCUCAGUCAUCUGCCCAGACAUGUACAUUAACACCAAUGAAAUUGGGAUCCCCAUGGUGUUUGCCACAAAACUGACCUACCCUCAGCCAGUGACUCCGUGGAAUGUCCAGGAGCUGAGGCAGGCAGUCAUCAAUGGCCCCAAUGUGCACCCCGGAGCCUCCAUGGUCAUUAAUGAGGAUGGCAGCCGAACAGCUCUCAGCAGCACUGAUGUGGCCCAGAGGGAGGCCGUGGCCAAGCAGCUCCUCACCCCUGCCACUGGCACCCCCAAGCCCCAAGGAGCAAAAGUUGUGUGUCGUCAUGUGAAGAAUGGGGAUGUUCUCCUGCUGAACCGCCAGCCCACCCUGCACAGACCCUCCAUCCAGGCCCACCGAGCCAGAAUCCUGCCUUCAGAAAAAGUCUUGCGUCUCCAUUACGCCAACUGCAAGGCGUACAAUGCCGACUUUGAUGGGGAUGAAAUGAAUGCUCACUUCCCCCAGAGCGAGCUGGGCCGGGCCGAGGCGUGUGUCCUGGCCUGCACUGAUGAGCAGUACCUGGUGCCCAAGGAUGGCCAGCCAUUGGCUGGAUUGAUUCAGGAUCACAUGGUCUCCGGCGCCAGAAUGACCACCCGGGGCUGCUUCUUUACCCGGGAGCAGUACAUGGAGCUUGUGUACCGAGGACUGACGGACAAAGUCGGACGAGUGAAAAUCUUUCCUCCUGCCAUUCUCAAGCCCUGCCCGCUGUGGACAGGAAAGCAGGUGGUCUCUACAUUGCUAAUAAACAUAAUCCCAGAGAACCACAUCCCCUUGAAUUUGAUCGGGAAGGCAAAAAUCAGCGGGAAAGCCUGGAUCAAGCAAAGUGCCCGAGGUGCACCAGGUUGUGGCUUGGAUGCUAUGUGCGAAUCCCAGGUCAUCAUCAGAGAAGGGGAGCUGCUCUGUGGGGUCUUGGACAAGGCCCACUAUGGCAGCUCUGCCUAUGGCCUGGUCCACUGCUGUUACGAAGUCUAUGGCGGGGAGACAAGCGGCCAAGUGCUCACAUGUCUGGCUCGCCUCUUCACAGCCUACCUGCAGCUCUACAAGGGCUUCACCCUGGGCGUGGAAGACAUUCUGGUCAGACCCCGGGCAGAUGCCAAGAGGCGGGCGGUCAUAGAAGAAUCCUCUCGCUGCGGCUCCCGAGCUGUCAGGGCCGCCUUUAAUCUCCCUGACACGGCGUCAUGUGAGGACAUGCAGACAAAGUGGCAAGAUGCCCAUCUCAGCAAAGACCAGAGGGACUUUAACAUGGUCGAUCUCAAGUUCAAGGAGGAAGUGAAUCAUUACAGCAACGAGAUUAACAAGGCCUGCAUGCCCUUCGGUCUCCACAGAGGCUUCCCAGACAACAACCUGCAGAUGAUGGUACAAUCUGGAGCCAAAGGAUCGACUGUCAACACAAUGCAGAUUUCCUGUCUGCUUGGUCAGAUUGAGCUGGAAGGGAGAAGACCCCCCCUGAUGCCAUCCGGGAAGUCCCUGCCCUGCUUCGAACCUUAUGAAGUCACUCCCCGGUCUGGAGGCUUUGUUGCCGGCAGGUUCCUCACAGGCAUCAAACCUCCCGAAUUCUUCUUUCACUGCAUGGCAGGGAGAGAAGGUCUGGUAGAUACAGCUGUCAAAACAAGUCGAUCAGGAUACCUGCAGAGGUGCAUCAUCAAACACCUGGAAGGGCUGGUGGUUCAGUACGAUCUCACUGUGCGGGACAGCGAUGGCAGCGUGGUCCAGUUCCUGUAUGGAGAAGAUGGGCUGGAUAUCCCCAAGACGCAGUUCCUCCAGCCCAAGCAGUUUCCGUUUCUCCUGAGUAACUAUGAGGCAAUACGGAAAUCAAAGCAUCUGGAUGAAGUUUUAUCCAAAAUGGACCCCACGCAGGCUCACCAGCACUCCAAAGCCCUCAGGAAGUGGCGUGCCAAACAUCCUCCCCCCUGCCCCAGACAGGGGGCCUUUCUCAGCUAUUCCCAGAAAGUGCAGGCAGCAGUCCGGGCCCUGAACCUCCCUGGGGGGAGCCAGAAUGGCCGCGACCCCAAUGCACAGAAGAUUUUGGAAAUGUGGUCUGAGUUAGAUGAGAAGAGUCAGAGGAAGUAUGUGAAGAGAGCCCUACCCUGCCCUGAUCCCAGCCUGGGCGUCUGGCGUCCUGACAUCCACUUUGCAUCUGUGUCAGAAACAUUUGAAAGCCAGGUUGAUGCAUAUGCCCAGGAAUGGGUGGCUCAGGAGGAAAGGAGCUAUGAAAAAUCAGAACUAUCUCUUGACAGGUUGAGGACCUUGCUCCAUCUGAAGUGGCAGCGGGCACUGUGUGACCCAGGGGAAGCAGUGGGCCUCCUGGCUGCCCAGAGCAUUGGAGAGCCUUCCACACAGAUGACCUUGAACACUUUCCACUUUGCCGGCAGAGGAGAGAUGAAUGUCACGCUGGGAAUUCCGAGAUUGAGGGAGAUCCUCAUGGUGGCCAGCUCAAACAUCAAGACGCCCAUGAUGAGCGUGCCUGUGCUCAACACCAAGAGGGCCUUGAAGAGGGUCAAGAGCCUGAAGAAGCAGCUGACCAGAGUGUGCUUGGGCGAGGUAUUGCAGAAAGUGGAUGUCCAGGAGUCCUUCUGCAUGGGAGAAAAGAAAGACAAAUACCGAGUUUACCACAUUCGCUUUAACUUCCUCCCCUACAAGUAUUACCAGCAGGAGAAGUGCUUGCGACCCGAGGACAUUCUGCAUUUUGUAGAAAAAAGGUUCAUUAAGCUCCUGCUGGAGGCCAUCAAAAAGAAGAGCAACAAGACAUCGUCCUUCAAAGCUGUGAGCACUCGCAGGGCUACUCAGCAGGACCUGGACGGCAGCGGGGAGAUGCCGGGAAACCGGGAGGAUCGGGAGGGUGACAACGAAGGGGAGGAGCAGAUUGUGGAUGACGAUGCUGAAGAAGGAGACGCUGAUGCUACAGAUAAGAAGUGGAAAAAGAAGCAGGAGGAAGAGGUAGAUUAUGAAAGUGAGGAAGAGGAGCAGGAGGAAGAGAAUGAAGAGGAGAAUGAGCGAGAGGAGGAGAGUGCUAAUGUGGAAGGGGGUGGCACUGACCCAGGGCCCCCAAAUGAGGAGGGCAGCCAGGGCCCGGAGACUGAGCAGCCAGAGCCUUCCUCACUCAUGCCCAGCAAGAAACGGGUGCACAGGCACGGGCCCUCGGAGGAGCAAGUGGAGCUGAGGCGCCAGGCUGUGCGGAACAUCCACUCGUCUGUCCAGGAUUACACGUUUGAUGUAGAGGAGAGCCUGUGGUGUGAGGUAACACUGAAGCUGCCGCUGAUGAAGGUGCACUUUGACCUGUGCUCCCUGGUGGUCUCCUUGGCUCACAGUGCCGUCGUCUAUGAGAUCAAGGGAAUCACCCGCUGCCUCCUCAACGACACCACCAACAAAAAGCAGGAGAAGGAGCUCGUCCUGAACACGGAGGGCAUCAACUUGCCGGAGUUGUUCAAGUAUGCAGAUGUCUUGGACCUUAGCCGUCUUUAUUCCAAUGAUAUCCAUGCCAUGGCUAACACGUAUGGCAUCGAGGCUGCACUGCGGGUGAUUGAGAAGGAGAUCAAAGACGUGUUUGCUGUGUACGGCAUAGCUGUGGAUCCCCGGCACCUCUCCCUGGUGGCCGAUUACAUGUGCUUUGAAGGCGUUUACAAACCCCUAAACCGAUUUGGGAUUCAGUCCAACUCCUCGCCUCUGCAGCAGAUGACAUUUGAGACCAGCUUCAAGUUUCUGAAGGAGGCGACCAUGAUGGGUGCCCAUGAUGAGCUGAGGUCCCCUUCGGCCUGCCUGGUGGUCGGGAAGGUGGUCAAGGGAGGAACGGGCCUGUUCGACCUCAAGCAGCCACUUAGAUAGCCGUAGCUCACUCCUCCUUGGUGUGCACAGAUAACCUGGAAAGGUGGAGGCUCAAGUGGAUGCAGGACCUACCUCACCUACUCACAGGAAGGACACCUGGCCAGUGCAUGGUGCUACAGUCGUGACCUUCCUGCUGUCCGGAUGGCUUCCCACUAAGAGAGUCUGUCCCUCCUAUUUGUUACCGUGGAGGAAACUCUUGGCCUCCCUUUGCUAUCUUGACUUCAUCCAGAAAAGGAGCAUCAGUCGGUCAGUCAAUCACCAAGAAUCUUCUAGGCACCAGCUGUGGGCCAACCAGGCUCUGGGGAUUCAGACACUCGCAUUCUGUGGGACAGAUGCUCUGUGUACAUGCAUAAAGAUAUUUAGAAUAAAUGUAAAGCUG